AUGUUCAACUUAAUCAAAAUAUUUUUCCUUGUGUCACUACUCUCGAAAUGGGUUUUCUGUGAUGAAAGUAACAACAGUAACUAUAACACCAACACGAGCAACACUACCAGCAACACUACCAGCAGCAGCAUCAGCGCUAGUACAAUAAAUAUUACAGAAUCCAUAAACACGGAUGUGAUAAAUGUUGCCGUGCGAACACAGAGAGAUGUUUCGAAACCAAUUCCGAUUGACCAAGUAGGCGUGGCUGGGAUUUCACUCAACUCGGUUUUUGACAACCAAGGUUACACAGCAGACAGUUUGGCCGAGUUGACAAAUUUGCUACAACUAGGGACACAGGUGGUGCUGUUAACUCUUUACUGGAAUGAGUUUACAUCCGUAUGGCAGCUAUGUCCGGCACCUUUUCCACAAAAUGUCACUUAUUAUCUGAACUCUUUAGUGAAUGUCACCUGGAAUAACAACACCUAUCUUUGCGAAUAUGGAUUCACAACUAAUGACAUCAUGGACACAAUAUUUGAGUACCUACAAUCGUCAAAUACAGUUUUUAAUGUAUAUUUUAUGCAUUUACUAUUGAAUCUCAAAUCGAUCCAUUAUGAAAAAUCAAACAAGACGAUUGAUUUAGAAAACAUAUAUGCCCCAAACUCACGCACCAACAUAAUAGGAAACACCACACUAUACGACACCGUGGCACCACUAUCACCUUAUAUUUUUACCCCCGAUGUUCUCGAAAGUUAUCAAAAUUCAGAGGCAAAUAGUACUCAAAGCAACUAUCAGCAAUUUUACGCGCAAUCAAACUACACGUUUCCAUCAUUAGAUUCUGUUUUGUUCCUGGAGGUCAAGAGGCUCUUGGUCAAUGUUGUGAAUAAUGACCUUGUGGACUCGCGCAGAGUUUACUCCAUUACUCUGCGUGACCGAAGUAAUAUAUUUUUUAACAAUACAAUGCCUUCAACUACACUCGAUACAGCAGAGGCAGAUGCAUUUUGCGAUAGAGUUUUAAACUCUGCAAACGACAUUGAGACAUUCAACAAUUUAUCUCUAUAUACACAUUUUAGAUAUGUAACUGACAAUAACAAAAAACGCUUCACUAUGAAAGGAGUGCGGCGUUAUGUCAAAUGUGGACUAUCGCCGGUUUUUAAUGCCUCGUCCUAUCAAGUGACAAACGAUAGUUUUGCACAGACUUCAAACCAGAGUUAUUAUCCAACCGCAAACGAGAGCUUGCUGGAUGUGGAGGUGGCUUUUGAAGCAUUUAUACCAUAUAACUUUUGGUCUUUUGCACCUGGCCAACCAAUAAUGAAUGAAACGACUAGAGGAAAUGUGCUGUCAUCCGAUGCAAAUGUUGCGUACAAAUGUGUUGCAAUGAAUCCCGACGGCUGGACCGUUGAAGAUUGCUAUACUGAGUACCAAUAUGCUUGCAAAAACAUUACAUCGCCGAAUGACUGGUUCAUCUCAACACGUAGUCGCCGAUCAUAUUUCGAUAUCGAUAACGAUGCAUGCCCCGAUGGAUAUAAUUUCAGCUUACCAAGGCUGAGCAUUGAGAUGGCUGCUUUGUAUAACGUGAUAAAAAAAGAAAACGCAGAGUAUCCUGUAUGGAUUGAUUUGAACGACAUUACGAUCUCAACUUGCUUUGUAUCUGGCGGACCAUAUGCCCAGUGCCCUUACCAAAAGACAGUUACCACCAAGAAGUUUAUCCGAAUGAUUGCUCCAAGCUCAAUCGUGGCCCUUGUGAUUUUGUUUUUGAUAUUUUUGGAAAACUUGUUUAGAAAGAAUCAAUUGCAAACGAAUCGGAAGAAAUACUGGAAAAAAGUACUCAGUGAACACUAUGCAAAGCAUGAGCAAGAGGGCGUACCAUCAUAA